AUGGAAACUGGAGUAGUGAUCACCCAAGAACCAGUGUUUACAAAGACAAGUGUUGAAGAAGCUCAUGCAGAAGUAGUACUUGACCACUCAACCAUGGACGUAGAUAAAGUAAACCUGAGUACUGUUCUUGAUAACAGUACUAUUCAGGGGGAACCAGAAGUUGCUGAGGUUGUAAAUGUUUCAGGGGAAACCGAAGAGUCAAAACACGAAAAAGAACAAGUGAUGACGACUAUUUCCGUAGAAGGAGACAAUACGAUUGUUAAAGAGAAAGCAAGUGAGACAGAAACGGAUGAAAAAGGCACAGACGAUGGGAAGAUAGUCUCAACUGAUAUGACGAUAGAGAAGGAGAGAGAAGAUGAAACUACCCAAAAAGCAGAAAAGGUAAAUGAAAAACCGGAAACAGAAGAAGGUCAAACAGAAACCAAACACUCACAAGCAGAAGAGAAGGACAUCUCUAAGGCUAGUGAAGACAUACCGAUAAAGACUGAUGAAGUAAAAGAAGAAAAAGAUUCAACAACUGUUAAGAGCUCUGUAAAUGGAACAGAGAUUGAGCACAAUGAAACCGUUUCAGUAGAAGAAAUCUCGAACAUUGCCAAAGAAACAGCUCCGGAACAAGAAACCACAACACAUGAGGUUGAAACUACAGAAAGAAAAGACCCUGAGAUCGUUAAUAAUGGAGAAACUACAGUUCAAGAAUCUAUAAGCACGAAGGAGGAUGCAGAAACAGUGGAGGCAAUCAAAAACUCAGAUGAUGCAGAGCAAGUCUCACGUGAGGUGGUGACUGAAGACAAAGAGAAGGAAGAAGACAUCAUCCACAAAAAAGAAGAGGUGCAAAAAGGUCCUACUGUUAUAGAAGCGCCCACAGUACAUGGAGAAGCUUCGAAGGCUACUGAGGAACAUGAACAUGAACAUGUGUUAGUGAGGGACAUACCACAAGAGGAGACCCUUGUACCUAAAGAUGAGACUGUAAAUACUUCAACAGUGCAAGAGUCUGCAAUCUUGAAGACUUUGGAGACUAAGAGUGAUGAAACAGAUGCAGAACCGAGUCUUGACCUGAAAGAGGAAGAAGAGACCGUUACACCAUCUGAUGAGGGGCACGAAACUGUUAAGGUGGUAAUCGAACCACCAAAACCCUCAACAGAUCAAAGAUCCAAAGAUACUGAAGAAGAUGAACAUGUUUUAGGGAGUAACAUGCCACAUGGUGAGAUAUUUGUAACUGAAGCUGAGUCUCUGGUGACCAAAGAAGACAAAGAGAAAGAGGAUAAAGAACAAGAGAAAAGAGACAUGUUUGAAGUUCCAAUAGAUCUUGCAUUGAAAGCGGAGCUGAUGGUUGAGAAGAAAGAAGAAGAUCAAGUUUCUGGAGUGCAUAGUGUGGAGAGAGUUCUAGCAUUGAAUGAGCCAGAGGCAGAGGAAACCCCAGUUAGAAAGCAUUCUGAUGUAGAAUCAGGUGAGCAGAUGGAGAAGUCAUCUCUUGAGUCUCCUGAAUUAUCAGAGGAAACAAUAAAAACAGAAGAAGUAGCACCGCAUCGAGAAGGACAAGAGGAAGGUUCUUAUGGAUCAGAGACAAAAGAAGACACAGUUGCAGUACCAGAAAGUAUUGAUCUGGCUCCUUUGCAAGAAGAAUCAUGUCUGCCAAAUGAGCAAGAUGACGAAGUCAAAUCUGAUGAAGUUAUACAAGUUUCAUCUGAAUCACCUAAAGGUGAGACACUUGUGGAAGCCAAAAAGAUUGAAGUAAUAAAAUCAAAUGAGGAAGACGAACAAGUAGCAGACAACAUCCAAAGCAUUCUAGAGACAGUUGAUACCGAACCUGUAAAAUCUAAUGAAAAAAUUACAGUUCAUGAAUCUAUAAGCUUGAAAGAUGAUUCAGACACAGUAGAAGAAAGCAAAAACCCAGAUGAUGCAGAGCAAGUCUCACAUGAGGUGACUGGAGACAGAGAAAAGGAAGAGGACAUCAUCAUCCACAAAGCACUAGAGGUGCAAGAAAGUCUUGCGGCUGUAGAAACGCCGACGAUUCAGGGUGAGGACACUCAAUUGAAAGCUUCAAAGAAUACUACUGAGGAACAUGAACAUGUGUUGGUGACAGACAUACCACAAGAGGAGACCCUUGUACCUAAAGCUGAGACAGUAAAUACCUCAACAGUACAUGAAUCUGCAGAACCUAGUCUUGGUCUGAAAGAGAAAGAAGAGACCGUACAGACUGUCACAUCAUCUGAUGAGGUGAAAGAAAGUAUUACGUUAAUGGAACCACCAAAACUCUCACCUGAACAAAUACCUAAAGAUACUGAAGAAGAUGAACAAGUUUUGAGGAGUAGCAAGCUACAGGGUGAUACCAUUAUAACUGAAGCUGAGUCUCUGGUGACCAAAGAAAAUAAAGAGCAAGAGGAUAAAAAACAAGAGAAAACAGAGGGACUUCAAGAAGUUCCAACAGAUCUUGCGUUGAAGGUAGAUAAAGAGGAGGUUACGGAUGAGAAGAAAGAGGCAGAUGAAUUUGCUGGAGGUCAGAAUAUGGAGAGAGGUCGAGAAUUGAAUGUCUCAGAGGCAGAUCUUGUUGAACAGAACAUAACCGAUGAUAAGCAGUCUAUUGAGUCUCCUUCUGAGGAAACAAGCAAAACCUUAGACGAGAAGAUCCAAGAAAAACCAGAAGAAAAAGUACCGCCACAUCAAGAAGGUCAAGAGGAAGGUUCUUAUGGAUCAGAGACAAAAGAAGAGACAGUUCCAGUACCAGAAAGUAGUAAGCUUAAAGAAAAAUCCCAAGAAGAAAGGCUGCUUGUUAUAACUCCUUUCCAAGAAGAAUCAUUCUUGCCAAUGAAGCAAGAUGAAGAAGAAAUAAAAGAGCAAAUCCACGAGCAUGAACCAGCAAAUGAAGAAAUCAAAUCUGAUGAAGUUAUACAAGCUUCAUCUGCAUCACCUGAAGGUGAGACCCUUGUUGAAGCCAAAAAUAAUGAAGAAACAAAAGACAAUGAGGAAGAACAAGUAGCAGAUAAGAUCCAGAGCAUUCUUGAGACUGUUGGUACCGAACCUGUAAAAUCUAAUGAAGAUGACAUAACAGAGAGCUUAAACUCAGCCGGUGAAGAGAUACAGAUAAAAAGCAAGGAUGGAGAGAAUGUACAACUAGAUGAGACUGGUGAAGAGAAAGCUUCAAGCACUCCUGAGACCUCUGUAAACGGAAGAGAGGAUGAGCACAAUGCAAUAGAAGAAGGGAUCUCAAAGAACAAUGAGAUCAUUGUGCAUGAAACAAAUACAGAAGAAAUUAAAAACUCAGAGGAAAACUCACAUGAGGUGACUGGAGACAGAGAAAAAGAAGAGGUGCAAGAAAGUCCUACGGUAAUCGAAACAGAGGUAUUACAAGAAGAUAACAUUGAAUUGAAAGAUUCAAAGGAUACUAUGGAGUAUGAACAUGUGUUGGUAAGGGAUAUGCGACAGAUUGAUACCCUGGUAACUAAAGUGGAGGAUGUAAACACUUCAACAGUCCACAAGUUCGAAGCUACAACUUCCAAGACUUUGGAGACCACAAGUGAUGAAACAGAGGUAGGCCAAGAGACACAAAAAGAUAUAGAACUGAGCCUUGAGUUGAAAGAGGAUAAAGAAAAAGAGGAAACAGAGACAGUCAUAUCAUCUGAUGAGGUGAGACCUUCUGAUCAAGUUGAUGAUGUUCAGACAGAAGAAUCUGUUGAGGUUAAAACUAUGGAAACCCUUCAAGUCGAAAGCACUGAGGAGACGCAUGAGAAUCUACUUGAUGUACCAUUUGGAGUUUCAGAAAAACUUCAACCCGAGACAGUUCUAGUAGCCAAGACAGAAAGCCAGGAUAAAACUGAAGAAAUUCCAUCAGAUCUAGUGUUGAAAGAGGAGGUUAAGGAUGAGGUAGAUGGAACUCAAGUUAUGGGAGAACAGAGAGACCUAGAACCGAAUGAGCCAGAGGCAGAGCAAGUUGAUCAAACCAAAACCGAUGAAAAGCUGCUUGGAGAGUCAGUUGAGAAGAUGCAGACUUCAUCUCUUGAGUGCCCUUCUGAAGUAUCAGAGGAAAAUAUCACAACUGUAGGUGAGAAGAUGGAAGAAAAACUUCAAGAAGAAGUAACACUGCAACAAAAAGAAGAGACCCUUUCAGUACAAGAAAUUAAGAAUCAUGGAGAAGAAGUAUCAUGCCUGCAGCAAGAGCCAAUAGAGAAGUAUGAACCAACAAAUGACCAGCAGAGUUCUGUGGAAGAAAAAUCUGAUGAAGGUAUACAAAUUUCAUCAGAGGAACAUGAAGGUGGUUUCAUUGUUAACGCCGUAAAGCUUGAAGACAUUAAAGAAAAUGAGGAAGAACAAGUAGUAGAAGAAAUUGUUUCUGAGACGACGGAAGAUGAAAAAGUGAAGAAGGAAGAACCCAUUGACCAAAUAUUAAGUGAGGAGGAUGCAAUAAAAAGCCAUGUAACCGAAGAUGAUAAUGAAAGUUUGACUUCAGAAAGAAAGAAAGGAGAUGUGGAGACAACAGUGAGAGCGAAGCCACAGGGUGAGACUAAUGUAAACGAAGAUGAGACUGUAGAUACUUCAACAGUCCAAGAAGCUGCAGUAUCAAACACUUUGGAGACGAAUAUUAAUGAAGCAGAGGCAGUGCAUAGCCCAAUAGGUGGAGAAGAAGAAGAAAGACAAGUGACAAAAGAAGACACUGAACCGAGUCUAGACCUGAAAGGGGAUAAAGAACAUGCGGAAAGAGAGAUGGUUGAUGAGGUAAUCAAAGAUGAGAGCCAGGGGAGAGAAGAGUCUGCUGAGAUAAAAUAUAAGGAUAGGGAUACGAAACUUGUAGAUGAACCAGCUGAUGAGAUGCAGAGGCCAUCCCUUGAAUCUCCUUCAGAGGAAACAAGCAAAACUAUAGAUGAGAAAAUCGAAGAAGAAGAAGUAACUCUACAUCAAGAAAGUGAAGAGACAGUAACAGUUCCAGAAAGUAGUGAGCUUGGCGUACAAGCCAAGGAAGAAGAAAAAGAAGAAGAAUCUGAUCAAGCUUCAGCUGCACCACUUUCGGAGGAACGGGAAGCCGAAGACUUCAAAGAAAAUGAGAAAGAACCAGUUGAAGCAUCUAGACCAAAUGGAACAGAAUCCUCUAAACUGGUGGAAGAAGACAAAGAGAUUCUUGAAGUAGAAGAAGAAGUUCCUUCUAGUGAAACAAUUCCACAAGAGACUCUAUCUGAUGAUGUUAGGGCGAUUCAACUAAAAAGAGAAGUUAAUGCAACAACAACAGAAAGCCCUGAGGAAGAAGCAACGGUUGUACAGACAAGAGAUGUUGAAACUUCUUUGACUGAUAAGUUCUCUAUAGAGAAGGUCAAUUCAGCAGAGGACGGAGGAGAAACACAAACAAGAGAGGUUGAAGAAAAUAAUAUAGUUGAUUCUAAUGAGAAGAAUGAUAAUGAGACGACUCUAAUUGCAGAGACAAGGAAAGAAGAUGAAGACAAAACAGAAGAUGCUUCGAAGACAUCAGAAAACGAUUGCACUAAGCAACAAGAGUUUGAAACCCCAAAGGUAGAGAACAAGAGCCAGGAAGUUUCCGAGACUCCAGCCUUUAUUUCAGAACUAGAAGACAAAAUUCCAAAGCAAAUUGAGAAGAUUCACGAAGAAGAAGCUCAAGUUGUGGCUGAUCAGACUUCAUCCUUAGUUGAAGAGAUUCAUGAAGAAGAAGAAGAAACAAAUGAACCACACAAGGUAGAAGCUCUGAGUGGUCAGAAUCUUCCAGUUGAAGCAUCACAUGCACAUCAGCCCACUGAAAUAGUUGAUAAAACUGCAAAUCAGGUUGAGGAGAUCCAUGAAGAAGAAGAAGAAACAAAUACAGUUAAGUUACAACAAGAAGAAGAAACCCUCCCUACUGAAAGUGUUUCAAGUGAAUCAUUCAGUGAACGGCAUGUUUCUGCAGUAACAGAAGAGAGUGUGGGAGAAACAAAACCAAAAGAAUCAGGUGAUCAGAUUGAGAGUUCAACUAAAUUCACAAAGGAAGAAGAUGAAAAGGAAAAGGAUACCCAAGUGGCUGAGAUAAUGAAAGGACAAAGCUUAUCACAUGUUCCUGAAGAUGCAGGCCUGGAGCAGAAGGAAGAGUUAAAGGGUCUUGGAACUCUACAACACGGUGCAGCUAUGGAAGAUCAAGAUUCUGUAAUGAACGAAAAUAGCCCAAGUGACUUUACUUUCUCAAAUCCAAUAGGAGAGGCAGAGCAUGGAGAUGAGAAUAGCUCAACUCUUCCAGUAGUUGGAAUCUUGAAAGAACUCCAGACUACAAUGGAGGAGAAAGAGAGAGGAAUCAAUAAUUCUGAGGGUGGCUCAAGUGGGAAUGGUUUGAAAUCAAUCAAUGCAGAACCAGAAGCCCUGGAGAAGACUCUUGUCGGGGAGGAAACUCCAGCUUCUGAGAUAAUAGAAGCAAACAUGUUACAAGACAGCAUAAGCAGAGAGCUUGAAGUAGUCGAUGAUGUAGAAGAGCAACUACAAGAAGAAACUUCAGCUGAUUUGUCAACCCAAGUGUUACCUGGUCUGAUUCCAUCAAAGCAAGAAGAAGUCAGGAAACAAGACGAUAUAAAUGCUUCAACAUUAGAGAAGAUAAGCCUACAAGAAGAGAAGCAUCCUAGAGAUUUUGAAAUCUCCAAGAAAGAGCGAAACGCAGAGGCUCAAGAAACUCUUAAAGAAGAAGACCAAGCUUUUGAUAUUGAAGAGGAAAAGAAGAACGAGGUGUUACAAGAUGAGAAGCUUAGCACUCUUUCCCCUGAAGUGAAUAAUAAUAAUCAAGAAGAUGCAAGUGAGCUUGGAGUUGGUCUAGUAGAAAAAGAUCAAGAAGCUCAUAGUGUGUUUGGGAAUGCUGAAGAGGUGAACGAGGUAUUAACAUCAGAGAAUAAAAUCACAGAGCCUCUGAGUAUUGUAGUUGAGAAAGAAUUAACUGAAGAACAUGAUAAGUCCCAGGCCGCAUCAGAAGAUACAAAGAGCAGUAAUGAGAUGGAUUUUACUUCAGAGAAAAUACCAAAGGAUCAAAGAGAAGAGGCUGAAGAAACUGUUGAUGCUAGCGAAAAAGUGCAACUGCAAGAUCAGUCAAAGGACUUUGGACAAGAGAAGCAGUCGACUGAUCUCAAAUAUGUCCAGGGAGAUCUUGAUGAUGAAAUGAAAGAUGAUGGCCAUGAUUCAGUUUUAGCACAUAAGAAAGAUUCAGACUUAAUAAAGGAGAAGGAGCUUGAUUAUGUGAAGGCAGAGCCGGAAGAUGCAAUCAAAUAUGGAGUUUCCACAGAAGAGAAGAACAUGUGUGAAAAAAUUGGCCAAGAAGCAACCAAAGAGAUAUAUAAAGAGGAGUUCAAGCAAACACAUACUGCAACUGCUGUCAAGGAAGAGAUCAAAGAAGAAGAGAAGGAAACAACAGACGACAAUUUGAACAGUAUGAAGAACACCGAUGAUGGAAUUAAAGAUUAUGUCCUUGAUUCAGUGGUAGCACAGAAAAAAGAAUCAGGCUCAAUAGAAGAGAAGAAGGAGGCUGAUUAUAUGAAGACAGAGCUAGAAGAUGCAAUUAAACAUGGACUUCCCACAGAAGUGAAUAGCAACUUGUCUGGAAAAUUUGGCCAGGAAGCAACAAAAGAAAUCUAUCAAGAGGAGUGUAAGCAAGCAAAUGCUGUAACUGCUAUCAAGGAAGAGAUCAAAGAAGAAAAGAAGGAAACACCAGAGGAUUUUCUGAACAGUAUGAAGAACACCUAUGAUGCUACAGAAAAAACAAAACCCGAGAUUCAAGAGAUUGACAAAUUGUCUCCUGUCAGUGAAACACAAGAAAACCCACCAAAGGAAGGAGAUGAAGUUCCAACCCAACAAAAAAGGGAAAUAGCUGAUGAUGUUCCAAAGCUAGAGAAUCUAAAGAUUGCAGAAGAGGUGCAGCAAAAAGAUGGAGAAUAUGAGACUGAACCAAUAGGAAAAGAACCAGCUAGGAAGUCCCUAUCAGACCUUAUCCAAAAUGUGAAAGUAACAGACAAGACUGAAGUUGCUACAACAGAACCUCGUAUAGAAGAAGAGGCUAAGGCAAAGGGAGACGAUGAGGAUGGAGAUGAACAUAAAGAUGAUAAAACAAGUCCAGAUUCCAUUGUGAUGGUUGAAGCUAAAGAUACAGUUAGCAUCAUCAAAACUCAAAAGAAAUCACAUGGCAUUCUCUCUGGUGUUGGCUCAAAGGUAAAACAUUCAAUUUCAAAGGUGAAGAAAGCACUCACUGGGAAAUCUUCUCACACAACAAAGCCUUCAUCACCACAGUAA